AUGCUUCCUUCGCUGCCAUUUUUACCUGUUGGCUUCCUGUUAAUUGUAGCUAUGGGACAUACAUUUCAAUUUCAAGAAUCCGACUUUCUCCAGUUUCUGGGCUUAGACAAGGUGCCUUCACCCCGCAAGUUCCAAUCCAUGCCUUUUAUCUUGAAGAAAAUUUUCCAAGAUCGAGAGACAGCAACAACCACUGGGGUCUCCCAAGAUUUAUGCUACAUGAAGGAGCUGGGUGUCCGUGGGAAUGUGCUUCGUCUUCUCCCUGACAAAGGUUUCUUUAUUUACUCAAACAAACUCUCCCAGGAUGACUCUUGCCUACAGAAGCUCCUCUACUUUAACCUGUCUGCCAUCAAAGAAAAGGAGCAGUUAACAAUGGCUCAGCUAGGCCUGGACUUGGGGCCUAAUUCUUACUAUAACCUGGAACCAGAACUGGAGUUGGCUCUGUGGGUCAUUCAAGAGCCUCAGAUGUGGGGGCAAUCUAUCCCCAAGCCAGGUAAAAUGUUUGCCCUGCAGUCUGUACCAUGGCCUCAAGGUGCCCUUCACUUCAAUCUACUGGAUGUGGUUAAGGAUUGGAAUAACAAACCCCAGAAGAACCUGGGCUUAUUCUUGGAGAUUGUGGUCAGAGGAGACAGAGACUUUGCAGUGAACUUCCAGCUGGAGGCCACCUGUGCCAGACUGAGACCUUCCUUUCGUGCUUCCCUGCUGGUGGUAACCCUCAAUCCUGAGCAGUGCCACUCUGCUUCGCGAAAAAGGAGGGCAGCCAUUCCUGUCCCUAAGGCUUCUCACAAGAAUCUCUGCCGACCUCACCAGCUCUUCAUCAACUUCCAGGACCUAGGUUGGCACAAAUGGAUCAUUGCCCCCAAAGGGUUCAUGGCAAAUUACUGCCAUGGAGAUUGUCCCCUCGCUCUGACCACCUAUUUAAAUAGUUCCAAUUAUGCUUUCAUGCAAGCACUGAUGCAUGCAGUUGACCCAGAGAUCCCCCAGGCUGUCUGUAUCCCCACCAAGCUAUCUCCCAUUUCCAUGCUCUACCAAGACAAUAAUGACAAUGUCAUUCUUCGACAUUAUGAAGACAUGGUAGUUGAUGAAUGUGGGUGUGGAUAG